AAUGGCAAGCGGGCGCAGUUGCGGCCCCACGCCUUGUGAAAUGGUUGUAUCUGAACCUAUAUUAAAUUCGCUACAAUCCGAUGGGUUUUGUUAAUCGCGAUUUCGAUGGACGCCGCUCGUUAACGCUGACGAAUCGGAUUUUAUUACCGGAUAAUUAUAAAUAUUCACGCAUUUCAUUAAAAUGAUAUUCGCAUUAAUUUAAAAUCAUUACAGAUAUAAAAAUAAUAGUUCACUGAAUUAUGAAGUGGCCCAGAGUUGUGUUUUUCUUAAAUAUUCUAGUGACAAAGUGCUGGACUAUGACUCAAAGUGAAUUGGAAGAGUUCAGUGAUUUCUUACAAAAAACUUCACAGUUGGAUUUAAAUUUAAAAAGUAAUACCGAUGUGGAAGGUGAUGAAGACGAUGUGAUACAGGACAACGCGUGGGAGGAGAGCGGCAAGUUCGAAGGAGAUUUGAUCCUGAACGACAGGCAGCGGCGCGUCAUCGUGGAAUCCGUUGCCGAGGGCCUAUCGAGGAACGGCCUUCGUGAUACCACCAAAAGAUGGCCAGAUAAUGAAGUUGUUUACUUCAUACAACGUGAACACUUUAAUGAUGAUCAGUUGCACGCCAUAAAGAGCGGUAUUGAAGAUAUAGCACAAGCAUCCUGUGUUAAAUUUCGACCAUACCAAAAAGGAGAUAGAGACGCGGUCGUCAUACAGGGCAGUAGACGCGGUUGCUUCUCUCAAGUGGGCUACCAAGGGGGUUACCAAGUUCUGAACUUGUACGGGCGACACCCUGUGGGGCGCGGCUGUUUCAGGCACGGUACCGUGGUGCAUGAGCUGCUCCAUACCCUCGGCUUCUACCACAUGCAGAGCAGUCCCGAUAGAGACGACUACAUCGAUGUUCAUUGGGAAAACAUACUUCAACCCGCUAGACAUAACUUUCGAAAGUACAACACAUUUGCCGUUUCUGAUUUCGGCAUUGGUUACGACUAUGAAAGCGUCUUGCACUACGGUAGAAAGGCAUUCUCAUCAAAUGGCCAAGAUACUUUAGUACCAAAACAGAACGGAGCAAAUAUUGGACAAAGGCUUGGGUUGUCUGAUAAGGAUACACAAAAACUAAAUAAAAUGUACUGUGAUGCCGACUCCAAUAGUGAUGAUGAAAGCCAAGUCCCUCUACGAAAACCUAAUAAAAAGGAGAAUUCUAAAAACAAACCUUUCGAAGGCCAUGGCAUUGGCUACCAUCAAGGUAAAACUGUGGUUAUUAAACUUCCAGCGGCAGAAACUUAUCGAGUACCAGAUAUACCAACAUUUCAUUUGUUUGAUUAUUUUAGUAAAGCGCCACAAGUCUUGUCGCAAACGCCUACCGAAAAAAAUGGAUUUAGAGGAGGAGUUGUACCCUUACAACAUAAAUUAAUUCCAUCACUGCCAGCUGAAGAACGGCGUCCCAUCUUACCAAAUGCCGAACUUCCAGAUCAAUAUAGAAUUAUAGAAAUGAGGCCAGAAAAUUUUCCCGGCGACGGCAACAUUGCUCCUCUAAUACCGAAGGAAAAUUUCAAGCAAUACCAAUCAAACAUAAAACAAUAUAUUAACAAUAUUAUGUUCGCCAAUGAAGAAGAAAAGGGCGAGCUUGAUCAGAAAUCAAUCAAAUUAGAAGCAGUAAAUCAAGCUGGCGAGGGUCAUGAUUACCCUAUCGAAGUAUCAGAUAUUUAUAGAAUUAAGAAUGAUUACAGUGGAUUUUAUACGCCAAGGCAAAAUUAUAACACUGGAUUUGAAGGAUUGGACGUACAAGGUAAAGACAAAAUAGUUAAAUAUAAUACUAACACUAAUAUGAAAAAACAAGGUAAUGAAAAUAAAUCUGAUAUCGUAUCUCAUAGUCGUAAUUUACCAAUUUAUGAGAAUAAAGAUUUUAGCAAACAUGACAAUGAUGGUGAUGAUUUUGAGGAAGAGAUAGAUGUCAGUUUUAAAACAUCAAAUCCCAUACAUAAACAAAAUGUACAACAUUUUUCACCGAUGCUUAAUAACAAGCAUUUUUAUCAAAUAAACGAUUAUAAAGAUUAUGAAGCUAGUAGCAAAAACCAGUCUGGGGGCGACUGGAUUAACAAUUAUGAAUAUAAAAGACACAAAGAUGCGGACAAUUUAAAUAAAGAAAAUAAAAAAGAUUUCCGUCAAUUGGAAAUGAAUAGUCCUAAAAAUAACAUGCGCUUGCAAUAUGAAAUCGUCGAUAAUAAUGAUUGGGCAGAUAGGUAUUAAGUU